AUGUCACCUGCACCAGCCCAAGUCAAUUCCUCCAAACUUCCAUCCCCCGGAUUCAAUGCCGGCGCCCGACCCUAUCGUUCCCACAAGGUCCGCGCCUGUGACUUGUGUCGCAAACGCAAGUCCCGAUGUACUGUUGACAUCCCCGGUCAAUCCUGUCUUCUUUGUCGCGUGCAAGGUGCCGACUGUCACUACCAAGAAGAGGCCAACGCGGAUGCUUCGAUCUUGAGUGCCCCGGACUCAAAAUCUUGGCCGGGGCCUCCAGUGAUGGACGCCAUGCCUGGACAGAAGCGUAAGCGCAGUUCCGAUGAGCUAGCUCACUUGAGCCAGAAUAUCCCCUCCCGACAGCCGAUCAAUGGGCCCAGUCCUCAUGGAACGACUUCGUCGAGUGGACGUCGAGGAAGUGAUCCGCGCCGGAAAGAUAUGGACGAUCACCAGAAUGAGUCCGUUCUCAUUGUUGGCCCUAUGGUAGCUGAAGAUGCCCAAGUCAUUGAAAAGCACAUGCCUCCGGAGCGGACGAGUCAAUCGGAAGAGCCGAAGAGCCACCCGUACAAUAUUUACUCUAGCGAUCCGCGGAAACCAGUGCUCUACACUACAAUCUCACGGCGAAGGAAAGGCAUGCGGAAAGGAACGCCUCCUGGUGAGAACCAGAAAGAGGUCCUCGAACAAAUACUCGGGCCGUUUAAACACGACCUAGUGAGACUGUAUGUUGGGCGUGGACUUCCCGCCCUCGUUUUCUACCCUACUGAUACUUUCCUCUCUAGCUUCAUUGAUCGAUUUAACGUUUCUUUCCCGAUCUUCGACGGAGAAUCUUUCUGGGAAUCAUACAUCGCCGAAGACCUACACGACCCACCAGCUGCGCUAGUGUGUCAAGUUUAUUCCAUGUCCCUCGUAUAUUGGAAACACACCCAAAAACUCGCUUGUCAUCCGAAGCCCGACGUCCGAUAUGCGAUCAACAUGACCGUCGCUGCGUUGCAUGAGGAAUUCUCAGCCCCCGGGUUGGACACAAUCAGCGCCGCGCUUAUCGACCUGACUGGACGACCCAUUUUCUCUAUGACUGGCAACGCCGUCAGCUGUGGCCGCAUGUUGUCUUUGGCGAAUUGCCUCGGCUUGAACCGUGAUCCUAGCAAUUGGAAGCUCUCACAAGCAGAAAAAAACCAGCGGAUUCGUCUGUGGUGGGGAGUUGUGAUUCACGAUCGUUGGGGAAGCUUUGGUCAUGGAGUCCCACCUCAGAUUUCCAAAAAUCAAUAUGACGUGCCUCUGCCCACUGUGGACGUAUUGGUCCCAUCAGACCUCCGCACCACAGAGCGUGUGAGAGCAGCACACUGUCACAUCUACCUAUGCCGACUAACCGAGACUUUGGGCGAGCUGUUACCACUGGUUUAUGGGCUGCAACACAAACCCGCACGCGAGACAUCCAAGAAGCUCAGACAAAUACGAACAGAUCUCGAUAUAUGGGAAGACUCCCUACCGGACUGGUUGAGAGGCCCCACAAUCCACACCGGAGAACGGAUUUAUGGAGCAAGCAGCUUACAACUGGCUUUCUUGGCUGUCAAAAUGCUUGUCAGUCGGGUUGAACUAAACGAAGUGAACAACUCUGAAACGGAAAACACCGAGGCACGUCGCUAUUUCCAAACGGAAUGCAGAAAGUCAGCAGAGGAGAUUGUUGGAUUCAUGACGUCUUUGCGAAAAAGCAAUUUCACAGAGUUCUGGCUACCCUAUAGCGCCUUUCACCUCACGUCAACGGCGACAUUGCUAGUUCGUUGUGCUUUUGAAACCACCGACAGUGAAGUUGCACGAUCCUGUCUUUCUAACGUCGAAACCUUGCGCUCAGUCUUGCGUCGUGUGCGGGAAGAAGAAGACUGGGAUGUAGCAGACAUGUGUCUGGAUCACUGUGAACGCAUUAUGCACCGGCUUCCCGGAACUGGUGCCACGAUGGAUCAGGCAUUCACAACCACAAUGGCAGAUAGCGGGCUGGUCAACCCGGCCGCGAUAUCGCUGCCCGAGACCCAAACUAAUAACGAUAUUGUCGACGACAUGAUGUCGAUAUCCAACACUUUUGGAACAAUGGACGGCUUCCCCUUUGACAUGACAGGAAUAUGGGAUGUCUCCGUCUUCCAAGAUGUGAACCUGACAUGA